GCGUUGAGAUGACUUUCCAAGACCUCCUGAGCGUCACUUUCGAGGGUCCCCGCCCGGACAGCAGCGCCGGGGGCUCCGGGGCUGGCGGCGGCGGGAGCGGCGCGGGCGGCACGGCGGCUUCGGAGGGCCCGGCGGUGGGCGGGGUGCCGGGGGCCGCGGGCGGCGGCGGCAGCAGCGGCGUGGUGGGCGCGGGCGGCGGCGAGGACAACCGGAGCUCGGCUGGGGAGCCGGGGGGCGCGGGCGCGGGCGGCGAGGUGAACGGCACGGCGGCCGUCGGGGGGCUGGUGGUGAGCGCGCAGGGCGUGGGCGUGGGCGUCUUUUUGGCAGCCUUCAUCCUCACGGCCGUGGCAGGCAACCUGCUUGUCAUCCUCUCGGUGGCCUGCAACCGCCACCUGCAGACGGUCACCAACUAUUUCAUCGUGAACCUGGCCGUGGCCGACCUGCUGCUGAGCACCACCGUGCUGCCCUUUUCGGCCACCAUGGAGGUCCUGGGCUUCUGGGCCUUCGGCCGGGCCUUCUGCGACGUGUGGGCCGCCGUGGACGUGCUGUGCUGCACGGCCUCCAUCCUCAGCCUGUGCACCAUCUCCGUGGACCGCUACGUGGGCGUGCGCCACUCGCUCAAGUACCCGUCCAUCAUGACAGAGCGCAAGGCAGCCGCCAUCCUGGCACUGCUCUGGGCUGUGGCCCUCGUGGUGUCGGUGGGGCCGCUGCUGGGCUGGAAGGAGCCCGUGCCCCCGGACGAGCGCUUCUGUGGCAUCACGGAGGAGGCGGGCUACGCCGUGUUCUCUUCCGUGUGCUCCUUCUACCUUCCCAUGGCGGUCAUCGUGGUCAUGUACUGCCGCGUGUACGUGGUUGCGCGCAGCACCACGCGCUGCCUGGAGGCCGGCGUCAAACGCGAGCGGGGCAAAGCCUCGGAGGUGGUGCUGCGCAUCCACUGUCGCGGGGCGGCCACCGGCACCGACGGGACGCGCGGCGGGACCAGGAGCACCAAGGGCCACACCUUCCGCAGCUCACUGUCCGUGCGCCUGCUUAAGUUCUCCCGCGAGAAGAAGGCGGCCAAGACGCUGGCCAUCGUCGUGGGCGUCUUCGUGCUCUGCUGGUUCCCCUUCUUCUUCGUCCUGCCCCUCGGCUCCCUGUUCCCGCAGCUGAAGCCGUCCGAGGGCGUGUUCAAGGUCAUCUUCUGGCUUGGCUACUUCAACAGCUGCGUGAACCCGCUCAUCUACCCCUGCUCCAGCCGCGAGUUCAAGCGCGCCUUCCUCCGCCUCCUGCGCUGCCAGUGUCACCGCCGCCGCCGCCGCCGUCCCCUCUGGCGCGUCUACGGCCACCACUGGCGGGCUUCGACCAGUGGCCCGCACCCCGACUGCGCCUCUAGCCCGGGCGCUGCGCCCCCCGGGACCUCGCUGGCCCUCACCGCGCCCCCGGCCCCCGGCACACCGGAGGUGCGGGCCGUGAUUCCUGGCCGGCGAAAGCUGCCCAGCACUUUCCGCGAGUGGCGGCUGCUCGGGCCCUUCCGGAGACCCACGACCCAGCUGCGCGCCAAGGUCUCCAGCUUGUCCCAUAAGAUCCGUGCCGGGGGCGCGCAGCGCGCAGAGGCUGCGUGCUCCCUGCGUGCCGAGGUGGAGGCCGUGUGUCUCGGAGUUCCCCAGGAUGUGGCCGAGGGCGCCACCUGCCAGGGCUAUGAGGAAGCCGACUAUACCAACCUCCGGGAGACUGAUAUUUAAGGACGUAGCAGCUGGGCUGAGGAGUGUGCUGGGGGCCGGGUAGGGGGCGCUGUGGGGAGAGAGGCCUGUGUGGAUCGGGGACUUGGGAAGAGGUCAGGAGGUGGCUCUGUGGCAUCCUUAGCAACUGGGGAUGGACUUGGGGUUGGAGCCCUUUACGACUGGGCAAUCAUGGGGGCCCCCUGCUGGACAUAGGUGCCCAGAACUCUUUUUCCUAGAAGGGAAGGGCUGCAAGAACCAUGAAGCAUUUUGGCCUAAUCCCUGUUUGAGAAACUGCUGGUCGGCCUGGCCUUGAGCCGGGCAGCCAGUCCUAAAAUGGCCAGACAGCUUGCCCCUGUCCCUGCCUCUAGGGAGGAAGAACACGGAGGCCUUCUCAUCGCCCCCAGGGAAGUGGUUAGUGGGGCCAAGGGGCCUCGGUGGUCACAUUUCUCCUUACUGCCGACCACAGGAACCCAGUGCACCUGUCACCAACCACCUGAAAGUUGUGACGGAGUAUUAGACGACUGAUGUACAAACCUGUCGUCGUAUUUACCCUGGGCCCACUAUCCCUCCCCACACGCCCAUGUCCUCCCUGUGCACCCCUCACCUGGCCCUGCCCCUAUGAUUCCCUCAAGGGCCUACUGUUUACACUCUGUACAUAGCUCAUUGUGCCUGCGCCCAUCACUUUGCUGGGAUUCCGAGCUGCCAAAUGGGGAGAGCUUUACUUGUCAUUUUGAAACAUAUUUAUUGGUAAGAGUACUUAUAUUUUGUCCAGACUGUGCAAACUGUUCCUCUUUAGCCUAUACUCCAUAAAAAAUUUUUUUCUAAAA